AUUAUCAAGUGAUCCCUCAUGAUAACCUUUUAUUUCCCUGGAUAUAAAAUCAUCUUCUCUUAUUGAAAAUUCAGCAGAUUUUUUCAACUUUUGUCACGCUCCGUCUUAUAAGUCACAUUUUUUUUGCCUUAUUUUUAUUUAUAUUUAAUCAAGAUAUUUAUCUUUUUAGUCACAAGUUCAAGAUGAAGUGUUUAUUUAUUAUUAUCUCCAUUUAUGGAAUUUGGACAGCAGUGGAAGGUGCAUCGGUAAUAGCACCACCACAACAAUCACAGUCAUUGACAAAUACAACAAUUGCAGGAAUGGAGGAUGAGUGUCUUGAAAAAAUUGAAAAUGAUCAGAACACACUUGAGGAUGUAUUUAAAUUAAAAUUCACAUUUGUACGUGUAUUUAAUAAAAUUUCACACAGAAUAAAACAUCAAAAUUCUUUAGAAUCAAUUGAUAAGGCAAUUGAUGAAAUUUGUUAUCCCGCUGUUGCUGAUGAUAAUUUAUAUGCAUUGACAAUGAGAAUUGUCAAACUUUGCUUAGAUCAAGAAGCUUCAUUUAAUCAUGAGGAAAAGGAAAUGAUUAAAGUUAAAUUAGAUAGAAUAUUUUGCAGCGUUUAUAUGAAAAUUGCUGCAGUUAUGUCAUUCGCACCGGAAUGUAUGAGUGACGUCAAAUUUAUGAAUGAAGUGGAAAAAUGUGCCAAAGGUCAAACUAUCAAUUCGAAUGCUCCGGUGCGAGAUUGGUUCUUUGGUAAUCCAGAAAUCUGCAUGGCUCAAACCAAAGCAAUUCACUGCGUCAGUCAAAUAAUAAAAGGUCAAUGUCCUUCUGAUAUUGCUGAAAAAAUGGAUGCAACAAUGUUGGAAGCACAAAAUAUUUUGGGUUGCGAAUCUGAUCCAAAUUCAAUAUUUGUUAUAAAUCUCUUGUAAUAAAAAUUUAAUUAAUAAUGAAAAUAAUAAUAGUCCUUAAUAAUAUAAUAUAUAUUCUUCUUUACGUCUGAAAAGCUUAACUGUGUAUGAAAAUUUAGAAAAAGGAGAAUUCAA